UAUGCUAUUGUUAAUGCAGCAAAUUCCAGGCUUCAAGGAGGCGGAGGAGUUGAUGGUGCAAUUCAUAGAGCCGCUGGGUCAUGUUUGAGGUUAGAAGGAGCUACCUUGGCUCCUUGUAAUACUGGAGAUUCUAAAAUAACAGGAGGCUAUCAGUUACCAGCUAAAUAUGUGAUACGAACAGUUGGUCCGCAAUUGGCAAAGCCAGAAGAGCUCAAUAAAAAUCAUUUUCAAUUACUUGAAAACUGUUAUCGAAAUAACUUGGAGUUACUUGUCGCAAAAAAAUUGAGGACAAUUGCAUUUCCUUGUAUUUCCACAGGAAUAUAUUCAUUUCCUAAAUUACCUGCUGCCCAUAUAGCAGCUUACCAAGCUAGAAAAUUCCUUGAGAAAGAACACCCAAAUGUUGAUAGAAUAAUAUUUUGCGUAUUUUUGCAAACAGAUAAGGAUAUAUAUAAGGGUGUAUUGCAAAGUUAUUUCCCUGUAUCUGGAUCUGGAUAA